AUGAUCAACUCGAGCAACAAAGUUGAAGACAUCAACAAACUCUUCAACAUUCACAACAGCGCUAAUAACAUUAAUAACAACAACAACAACAUCAGCGCCACCACCACCAUCAACAACAAUAACAACAGCGACGACGACUUUGACAGCAAUUCGACCGACUUGGACCUCAGCUUCAAACCUCAGGACCUCACGUCAGCCGUCAGAUCGCUGGACGCUGCUCUGAAGGCCCACCUCAUCACGAUGUGUGAAUGGUACGCCAGCCAGAACAACAUCAACCUGGACGAUUCACUCAACAACAGCAGCAACAACAAACUGCCCAGCAGCAAUAGUAGCGUUAAGGGUAGCAACAAAAUUAACGGGAAGAACAUUGAAGUGAAUUUUUCCAGGUUUUCCAACCACCAGCAUCCUGAAAUUCAGAGGAAGGAUAGUUCCAAGUCGUCGAUCGAGUUGACUCUGCAGCAGCAACAACUUCAAAACAACAACAACAACAUUAGUGGUAGCAGCGAAAGAAAUAAUGACAAGAACAUUAUGGAAGAAGACAUCAUGGAAGAUCCAUCAUUCGGACUGACUCCGCAGUAUGGCAGCAGAUCACGGAUGCGCAGAAACACGAGAUCGUCGGUGGGAUUUGUCGAGAUCCCGAAUGGGAAGUUUAAGGAGCGAUCCUCGGAGAAAGUGUCAUGUAAGAACAUUGAUUUUAGCUCCUACUGGAAUCCGAGGCUUUUCGUUGAAAAUAUAAUUGGUGACCCAAAAGUGAGUGUGACGUACAACGUGACCUUUGACCGAGACCACCUUGCCACCGUCGUUGAGAUCAGAAGGGUCAAUGGGUCAUUCUUCGAAUUCAUGGAACUCAAUCAAUUUCCUUUUGAUUAUCAAGAUUUAACGGUGACCGUGGUCAGCGAACUGUCAGUUGAUAUGAUUGACCUAAGUCUCGACCAACUUGAAAAGUGUGGUAUAAACGCCCAGGCAUUCAGUGCGGAACAGGAAUGGUCAUUGGAGCAGAAUGUCUCGACCUGGAGAAGAACAGUCUCAAAAACGAUCAACAAAGUGCUCGUGGACUUUCCAGGUCUAAGUGUUGCAGCGAAGGCAAGCAGGAGGCCACAGUUCUUCAUCUGGAACAUCAUCGUCAUCAUGAUGGCCAUCUGCAGCCUGGCCUUUGCUACCUUCACCGUUAGCCUCGAGACGCCUCACUUUCGUCUGCAGCUGACCUACCUGCUUCUUCUUACCACUGUCACUUUUAAGUUUGUUGUUAAUAAGAGUCUGCCCAAGAUUUCCUAUCUGACUUAUUUGGACAAAUACAUCUUGGGUUCGAUGGUCAUCUUGUGUUGCAUCUGCAUCUGGCAUGCCCUCGUCGGGUCGGUCAUCUACCCCAACCUACCCAAGGGCAACGCCAACAACAACAACAACAUUACCAACUGCAUUUACGUUCAACCGCUAACCACGGCUUCACAAAACGCAACUGUGGCUGCUGUCACCGCCACAAAAACAACAACAGACAGUUCAAUGGUUAAUGUUGCUAGUAAAACUACAAUUCUGCAGUCGGUGGAUCACUUUUCAGUUGACGAGAAUAGAUCUUCCCAAAACUGCAUAACAACAGCAGCAGCAGUAACGACAACAGCAGCGCCACCUAACAGCAAUAGUAGCGACUACGAUGGCGACAAUAAUUACAAUAACAAUAACGUUGCCACUAAGUGUUUGUCAACAAGGCCACCAGGUGCCACAUGCAUCAUGAUUGACAGAAUCGCAUUGGGCAUACUCAGCUCUGUCUAUAUCUUCUUCCAUCUUAUAUUUGUUAUUCUUAUCUGGAGGAGCAGAAGAGAUGAAGAUGAAGCCACCAACGCUGGACAAGGAUGUGAUAAUGAAGAUAUGUCAACCUCAUCAGAUGCGGACAGCCGGAAUGGGAUCAGGAUAAACGUUGAUCCGGCAACACAAACUUCCAUCUAG